ACUACAGCCAUAAACUGUUGAAAGUAAUCUCUAUUAUCUUCCAAAGCAAAGAGAGUUUCUGAGAAAUGGUGGGAAAGGAGAUUGGAGGUUCUCUUGCUGUUGCCAACGUUCAACAACUGGCUACGAGCUUGGAGGAGGUACCUACUAGGUACAUACGUCCCGAGCUCGAGCUCGAUCCAGUUUCCAUCGAUGAGCACUGUGUUUCAAUCCCAGUGAUUGAUAUGAGUAAGUUAUUGUCUGACAGUCAUGCUGAUGGUGAUGAAUUGGCUAAGCUCCAUUCGGCUUGUAGAGAUUGGGGUUUCUUUCAGGUGAUCAAUCAUGGGGUUGCAAAUACGAUGAUGAUGAAAAUGAAUGCAGAUAUUCAAGACUUCUUCAACCAAUCAUUACACGAGAAAAUGGAAUGUGCACAGCUGCCCAAUACCAUCGAAGGAUAUGGUCAAGCGUUUGUUGUAUCGGAAGAGCAAAAGCUUGAUUGGGGAGACAUGCUCUUUAUCAUUGCACGACCUCUGGAUGGAAGAAACAUGAAUAUUUGGCCAAAAGUUCCUUCUUCCUUUAGGGCAACUUUGGACCAGUAUUCAACAGAGUUGAAAAAGCUGACAAAUAGCUUGCUAAGCUCCAUGGCCAGGAACCUUGGACUCGAGCCAGGAAAGUUAUUGAGUUUGUUCAAAGAAGGUAUGCAAGGUAUGAGAAUGAACUACUAUCCGCCAUGUAAGCAAGCAACCAAGGUUAUCGGUCUUGCUCCACAUUCCGACGCCACUGGAUUAACAUUGUUGGCUCAAGUGAAUGAAGUACAAGGUUUGCAAAUCAAGAGAGAUGGGAAAUGGAUUCCCAUUGAUCCCAUUCCAGGUGCCUUCAUUGUUAAUGUUGGCGACAUCAUCGAGAUCAUGAGCAAUGGAGAAUACAAGAGCAUCGAGCACAGAGCAGUGGUGAAUCCAGAAAAAGAGCGACUUUCGAUUGCAGCAUUCCACAGCCCAAACUUUAGUGCCACGAUUGGACCAUUGUCAGACCUUCUCACCAAGGACCAGAAGGGACAAGCACCAAAUUACAAAUCCAUAUCACACGAGGAUUAUUUGAAGCUUGGGGCAAAAAUUAAACUCGACGGCAAAGGAAAAGGCCUUAUUCAUCAAAUGAAAAUAGGGUUAUAGGUAUAAUAUGCCCCCUCUACUAUGUAGUUUUAUCAAACAUGCCCCUUUACUAUUUUUUACAUCAAAUAUGCCCUUGUACUUUGAAAAAAUUAUCAAACAUGCCACUCUAUUAAAAUUUCCAUUAAAAAAAUUGUCAAUCAUGGUUGAACCGAGAUGUAGACGACCCGACAUCGGCAAAUGAGAAGAAAAAUGUCAGUUUUGUCCCCCGUUUUAUUUUUCUAGGUCUCGUUAAAGUGAAAUUAUUAGAGGUAUUUGGCUCUACAAAAGAACCCAAAAAAUUCUAAAGUGAAAUUACCAGGGAUAUUUUAGACAUUUGUGUUGCCCAAACCAAGGUACGACCGUGGUUGGCUGUUUUUGGAUGAAAAUAUUAACAGAAGAGCAUGUUUGAUCAUUUUUUUUAAGUACAGGGGGCAUGUUUGAUGUAAAAAAUAGUAGAGGGGCAUGUUCGAUAAAACGACAUAGUAGAUGGGCAUAUUAUACCUAUAACCCAUGAAAAUACAACCUGAAGCCAUCGAUGGUGAAAAAUAGUUGCGAAGUUCAAAAUAAACUAGUUCAAUGCAUUUGUACUUUAAACUGUGUAACAAUGAUGGAAAAGACGUAUGAUAAUCCAAUUUUAUCGAGUGAACAAUGAUGGAAAAGACGUAUGAUGAUCUAAUUUUAUCGAGUGAAUUUUUAAAUAGUUACUUCAUAUAUUUAAAAAUAACAUCACUUAUAGCAGUUAUGAGGAUGACACACCCAUUGCACUUUUUUAUGAUGAAAAUAUUGGCGUUAAGGGUGCCCUAACCGUCUAGAGAUUAAUUAAUGCUGGAGUUUUACAGCCUUUUCUCCAUUCAAAAAAUGCAGCUCUCUCCUUAAUUUUCGCCAGGGGUAAUUUAGUCCUUUUAUUCCAUAAUUUUUUCCACUUCCCGCCCAAAAACAUCAAUCCGCUGUUGCCACUUUCUGCCCUCUUGCUUUAGCCUUCUGUUAAGCCCAUUACAAAAGCCCAUCUGAUCUGUUACAAUAAUUAUUCGGGCCGCUUUGAUUUUAGCCCAUUGUGGCAUCAGAGGAAUCAUCAAACAAAACUUAUGGCUGGUUUGCACCUGCUGUGCAUCAGCGGAUCGGCCAACCUAGAGAAGCCGCCACCGAGUCACCAAAACUGGAGAAGACACCCGAACAUCAUCUGGUCAUCCGAGCGGCGGCGACAACGCCAAACAGUGGGCACCACCCAGCGGCGGCAGUGACAUCGGCGGCGGCGAUAUUGCCUUCCCACCUGUAAUAGCAUAGACCCAGCUGAACUCAAAACCCAUACUUACCUUGGUUCCUGAUUAGCGCAUUGAUGCAAUUUUUUUUUAUAGUUUCAGCGGCUUUGCUUAGUUUUGUUCUUUUGCACAGCGGUUCCUUAUUUGCUGCCCACAACCACCCACAGGCCUACGUUCAACAUGUUUUUAAUGCCUCCUUGCAUUUCAAUCACCAGACUUAGGUACGUAAUUGCAUCCUUCUUUUGUACUUUUGUUCUUUUGGAUUGAUCUUGAUUUCCCUCCACCAAACAAAUAAACCUCUUCUCUGUUCAGACCCAUAUAGUAAGCUUAGUUUCUUCCAAGCAGCUCAUGGCAACUGGGAUGUCGUCAGGGGAAUCGUCAUCUUCAACAACUCAGCCCACUGUGGCAGUGCCCUGUAAUUAUCAUAGCAGAAACUUUGUCUGAAUUCCGAUACAAUUAUGCAACCCUGCCGCCUAUUUCUAACCGUUGAUACUUUGUCUCUGAAGGGAAAGGUAGAGCUAUUCUACCUCAACACUGCGAGACUGAACCACGAGGUUGCGCUGCCGUUGAGAGCAUACACAACCGAAUUCGACGAGGUCAUUAUCUUAUUUCUCUUUCCAUAGUGUACCGGUAUGUAAGCAUCUAAAUUAAAGGUUGAUAAAUUGUUUAUGUGACUAUGUGAGGCAGAGACUGAAGUUUUGGAAGGACAACUAAAAUUCAUCACUUCUGAGCUCGGUAAGGCUUCUAGGAAUAAAAGACGUUAACUGCAUAGUUCCAAACGAGUCAAUAGCCAAGGUAUGUCCUCCAAAUGAUGGUAACCAAUACGAACGCACCCUAUUAUAUGUCGUACUGCUUAUCUUACACUUCACUAUGUUCAUUAUUUUCUUGGUUUUUGUAGGUGACGAUGACAAAUGUAGAAAGCUAGCAGCUGCACGAAAUCGACUGUUACGCCGCCUACAUUUACAUAAAAAGCGUAAUGGUCAGACUUUUAGGCGGAUUUCUCAUAUGCAAAGUAUGUCGUCUUUAUUAUCAUAACUCACAAUUUGUGUCCUACUUCUGUAGUUGCUUAUGGUAUUUGAGUGUUAUAGAGCCAUUUCCCAUUUUCUACAGUUCAUCAUCUUGCUUAUGGAAACCAGAACUCUUAUUUUAUACAUUUUCAGGACUUCCCACUAUUGAAGUGUUUUGUGUUGGCGAACCAUCAUGUAUUUGCCAAUUUUGUCAAGCUUCCAUGUGGCGUCUUGAGAGCACGGCUUCAACACGAACGGCUGCUACUCCUGUUUUUUCACUGUGCUGCAAACAAGGGAAGGUUAGGCUUCAACCUCGCCGACAACCACCACAGUUCUUAAAGGAUCUACUUGAAAGUGAUUCUCCUCUUGCAAGACACUUUCGUGAGUAUAUACGGAACUAUAAUGCUGUGUUCAGUUUUACUUCGCUUGGGGGAAAGUUGAUCAUUCUUUAAAUGAUGGGCGUGGAGUUUAUGUGUAUUCCAUUGGUGGUCAAAUUUACCACCGAAUCGGAAGCUUGGUUCCAGUUGGAGAAGCUACCCCCAAGUAUGCGCAAUUGUACAUCUAUGACACAGCUAAUGAAGUCCGCAACCGACUGGAUUUUUUCUCAACUGAUCGGGAUAGAAAUCCUUUGUUUUAGGGACCAUUCUUAUUAUGUACAAGAUGUUCUUUUCCCACUUUGUUGCGUCCUAAAUUACUCUAGGGAAAUACAAGUGAUUGUGUUUGACAUUUGUUAAAAUUGUACCUAUAUUCAAACGUAGCCACUGAAGGGUUUUAUUUGGAUGAGCAAUCCAUGCAUGAGCUUGAGUAUGGUAAGAGUGACUGAUCAGUAUAAAUAAAUUUUUAUUGAGUAUUGGACAAGUUCAAUGUAACCAAGACUAUAAAUUUUCUAAAUUUUGAUAACGUGCAUUUGAUUUAGAUUAAAAAUAUUUGUACAACUAUGAAUUUUCCGGCCAACGGGCCGGGCCCAAGCUAGUUAUUAAUCAAAUCAAACGGGGAGUUUGAGCCUCAACAUGAUCAAAGUAAAACCAGUACGCCAUCGUAUUGCUCGAAAUAUCAAAGAUGUGGACUCCUUCAGGCAGAGUUUGCCCUACAGAAGCUAUGUAAUUAACAACAUAGUUAGCCUCACGGUACACUGAUCGAUCCAGUGCACUUUAAAUUAGAACUUUGAAGUUAAUUAUCAAAUAAAUCAAAGUACCAACCUAAAAUUAUAUAAUUUAACCAAUUGAAUAUCGUUGUUAACUCCACUCUCAUUUGUAUCUAGCCUAAAUCACAUCUCUAUGAACCUUCGAAAUUUGUGUUUGCAUUUGGGUAGCCAUUGAAGGAGAGUCAUGUGUAGAGUUCUAGCAAUAUGACCUGCAAUUGGUAUCUCCCAAGCAAAUUAUAUUUUACCUAAACCCUAAAAAUGUCCGACUUUCUAGGGAGUAGAUUAGUUGCAUAAUCUUCUGGUCAAUAACCAUGCAUAAUUCAAUUAGAAUCCGCCACAUCAGCGCCUCAUCUCUCUCGUGAAAAAACCUUUAAUUUUUUCCCCCUUAAUUUUAAACGGACGAUUUCUCACUCGUUUUAAGUCAGAAUUUAAAUUUUUUUGUACAGUUAGAUCAGAUUAAUUGUGCUCUUUAAAAUUAUAUCCACUUUGAUAUAUUCUUGGAACAAAAAAAAUUGAGCCAUUUUUUAUCAGUCUAUAUAUACCAUAUGGUAUUGACUGGUAUUGAAAUAAGAGUAUAUCAUAUGGUAUGAAAAGUGCAAUGGUGUUAUGAACAUACCAAGACUGUAGGAUGGUUGAAUACAUGAUAGUAUGAGUACACUAACUGUCAUUUACGACUUUCAACAUUGUGUACCACAAGAUAUCACCCCAUACUAGGGUGGUAUUUUGUGAUAUUGUUUGGUCUUGUAUUUUGUUCACUCAGAAAUUUAUAGAUCCAAUAGAUCAUGAUGAACUCGUUUCUUUUCUGCAAAAAUUAAAAAAAAAACAACUUAAAAACGAAGAAUAUACCAGCCUUGGUCGUUUUCAAUUGAAUAAAAUAUGAAUAUCACCAUCAUAAAAAAAAAUUGAUCAACCACUGAUAUGGAAGUGAUCCAAUAGAAAUUCUUGUGUAGGAAUUAGGUGGAAUAUUCAUGUUCAUACCUAACAUGUAUUUUGAAGGUGAAAUGUCGCCUUCUUGCUUACAAACUAACCAACUCAUUCUUUUUAGGAUUGAUAUUCGCUGCUUUAAAAUAUCUUAUUUCUUGUCCUAAUUAAUUUAAUUUUACUCUAAUGCCCUUAGAGUAAACUUUCUCAUUCUUGCAGGCAUGGUUGUAUCGACGGCAAACAGGAAUUACAUGCCUCUAGGACUAGGGAUGGUAAUGGAUCAUCAUCAAGAUCAUCACCAAAAUCAAAAUCAGGGUGCUUGGACGGCCCCGCAUAUUUUGUUCAAUUUUUUUUUUUUUUUUUGCAUUUCUUUGCGAAGACUCCACCUAUUUUCUUCGUCUUCGCCUCGCCGGCCGUUUUAAUUUCCUCUCCGGCAAUAAUUCGUUCCUCCUCUCUCAUAGUCGCUUGCCCUAAUUCCGGUUGGACGCCGCCUCCUACCGCCGCCGGAGGUUUUUCUUGGGAUCCUCUCCUCUAUGUCUCCUCGUACUAGGCUGAUCAGUACUCCUCGCUAUAGCUGGCCUUUGGGUUCGUCAACGUCAUCAUCAUUAACGAAUCAACUCAUUUCUUCUGAUAGGCUGCGGAUUUGGAUUAGGGGUGAGGAAGAGACUAGGGAUUGUUUGGUUAUGAUUUAGAAUUGAAAUUGGGGUAAGGGGUAAAUAUGUCAAUUUGUUGCAUUUUAGGGCGAUAAAAUUUGAAUUUUAGG